AUGUACUUCGGCCCGUCCACGCAGGAGGCGCUGUGUUACUUCCAGGCGAGCGUGCAGCUGCCGGAGACUGGAUUCGUGGACGCGGACACGUGGCGUGCGUUGAUUGGCGAGGAGCGGUUCAUUUGGGGUCCGCCGCCGGGCGCGAUCGGGUUCGACGAAGAAGCCGCGGCGGCGGCGGCGGCGGCCAGAUCUGGAUCCGAGUCCGAGUCCGAGUCCGACCCCGCGCCGCCGCCGCUCACCGCGUCCGCGGCGUCGGCGGCGGCGUGGAGCAAGACGAUCGUCCCGAUGAACGACAACGUGGACACCGGCGAGGACGACGGCCCGCAGUGGGGCGACGCGGAGAGGAACGAGCCGAACGAAGACCCGACGGGGCGCGACGACGCGGAGCGACGCGUGCGAGAGAGUCAGGCGCGUUCUAUCUCACACUGGCCCCCAUACGACCGCGUCGGCGUGGUGAACGCCGAUCCUUAA